UUCCACUGCAUCUCUCCCUAUCUCUGUUUAUCUCCUUUUCUAUUUUCCGCCAUCCCAAAGAGUCAAUAAACUUCUGACUCGGUUAAAGCCUUAAUUUUUGUUCUGCGUUUCACAGUUAUAAAAUACCCUGCUUUACCUUGAAUGGAAAUUCAAGGCUGUCUUUACAUUACACGCACUCUAAGAUGUGCCGUGUUAUCUGACAAAGUUCAUGACCACGUGAAAAGUUUAGCCAAUCAACAAACAGAGAGCCAGUAACCCCCGUGUCCUGAAAUGACGCCAGCAGGUAUAUAAUGCACAAGCAGAAAGCAACGGAUACUCUGUCAAUAGAAGUAAUACAACCUGCCAAGAAAGAAAAUACGUCUCAGAAUACCGGUGGUGCGCAUUACCUCAAGAUCAAACGACGCAAAUUGACGAGGGCCUAACACUCUGAGUAUCAUCAUUUCGCUUUCAACUCGAUUCUCCUGCUAGAACUAAGAAUAUGUCAGUCGUCGGGGUAUCUCCCAUGUCUACGUCUCACGAGACGAUUGAGGUCGCACGGCAGCACUUGGCAGAGGCGUAUCAAGACGGGGGUCAUCCUGAGAAGACGGCAACGUUCUACUCCUGCUGGAGUCAAGACGAUAAUUAUGAUCAGCACCUGAACCCAAAACUGUACCGCGGCCCAGAGAUAGCUGCCCAGGCGGUAGCAGACUUUUUUCCUUCAUCAAAAAAAGCGGACGUGCGCAUUCUUGAUGUCGCUGCUGGCACGGGUUUUGUUGCCGAGAACCUCAGGAAUAUGGGGUUUAAGCAUAUUGAUGCCCUGGACCCCAGCGAAGGAAUGCUAGAAAGAGCUCGGCAGAAGAGGCUCUACGAUCACCACGUCUGCAGCUACUUGGAUAGUAACAAGUUACCCAUUCUGAAUGAUACUUACGACUGUGCUGUGACAUCCGGAGGUAUGGGCGAAGGACACAUUCCUUACAAUGGCCUGGAUCAGCUCAUUAGGGUUGUGAAGCCGGGCGGACUUGUGUGUAUAGUGAUGAGAGAAGAGUACCUGAACCACAGCCAGUACAAGGACCUUCUGGAGCCUCACAUGUCUCGUCUGGAGAAAGAAGGAUAUUGGCAGCUGGUGUCUAGGGCAGUGGUGGAGAAAUAUUGCUUCGAUCUCAACGGCAUCGUCUACAAGUUCAAAGUUCUAUCCGGCCAGAAUAAAACCGAGUGAAACAAUGAUUUGCAAAUUAAUACAGAUUUGAAGCCCUUUCUUAAUAAAAACCGAGUGAGACGAUGUAGAUACAGCCAAAAUAAAAAGGGCAAUUAAAAGUGGUCACAAGGAUAAGGAGAAGGUAACACUGUAUUUCAAUCCAUCAUAUCCAGUAAAAUAACAUUUAAAACAAGUUUAAACUUGAACUAUCAUUAUUUGAAUACGUGAACAAUCUUUUUUGUGAAUCCACAUGGUACCCUAAACUGUCAAACGUCACACGAUCAAAAAAAGGUUGUAUUUUAAAAUUUGCAUGUCACAGCUAAACAUAAAUUUAUGCUGGACCAAUUUCAGUGUGUAUCAAGAGACAAAAAAUUUACUUUGCUGACUUUUGCACUAAAAAAAAAAUGAACUGUAUGUGUAAUCUAAUUCUGGUUCAAAAUGAUUUAUUUUUGUCGCUAUGAAAUUGUUGUAGUUUGGAUUUGAGUUUCCUUCUGGGUUUGCUUUUUCUAUUAUUAAGUUUUGUUCCCAAACAUAAGGCAUCAAAUUUCAAUAUAUGCAUCAAAAAUAGAUAACUUAUAUUUUCAGGCAAACAAUUAAAACAUUCACAGCCUCAAUUAGGUAUACGUAUUUUCAAAUCACGUUCAUACGAGCAAACGAAAUAAAAAAUUAUAUUAAAAACUACUCAUCAUCAUCAUUAUCAUUAUCAUCAUCAUCAUCAUCAUCAUCAUCAUCAUCAUCAUCAUCAUCAUCAUCAUCAUCAUCAUCAUCAUCAUCAUCCUCAUCAAAACUGUCUUUGGUAUAGCUUUCCAACAUGUUGUCGUCUUUUUACUGUGAUGUAUCAACACGGUAGGAAUGGCAUUGGCAAGUAUUGUUAAUAGACCAAAUCUCUAUAAUAAUUGAAAUUUUGUCAAUAGUCUGAGCAUUAACAACUGUGCAUGUAUGUUGUUGUUUUCUUAAAUUUGAUGAACAUGGAAUAUAUACUGAGAGGAAGUCCAUAGACAUACAUAAAAGAGAAGUUCCAAACAAGAAAAACGCAGAAGGAAACUUCUUACAUUAUUAUAGCUCGACUACCGUUUACAAUCUAGGUAACUCGGACCCACAUAUGUUUGGGGGAAAGAGAGCCACGAAUAUAAACAUGCAAUAUUAUGUAAUAGCCUUAAUCAGAAAUGUGUUUUCUAAUUUUAUAUAUUUCAAUUAAUUGUAUUUAGCAAUCGCUUUGAAACAUUAUUGUUAAGUGCAGCGACCUGAUAAGACAAACUGUGAUUCAAAUUUUUAUGCUAUUGUGUUUUUCCGGUUGUUGUUUUUUGUCAUUGAUAAUAAUGUUCCUAAAACAAUUGAUUUCUUUUGAUGAUGGAGGUCGAUUCUCUCCAGAUAUUCUACAUCUUUUAAAUGCAUUACCAUAUAUUGGUGCUACUGUCAUACAGCAACGUGGAAUAAUGUCGUUACAAUAAAAUGCGCAAGGGAAUUUAAA